UCAUCAUCAGUGCUGAGUAAACUACAGGACACACACAGACAGAGCCGCCUUUACACUGGAAACCUCAGGGAAAUCAAGACAUGAUGUGUUAUUUCAGUUUCUAGAUAUUUAUUUCAAUAGCUAUUUAUAUGCCUGUAUAUUUUUGCUAGACAGAGCUGAAGGAUAUUAUUAUAUUUGUGUGGAUUCCUGAUUUCUCAAAUGGAUUUUUCUCCAGAGAUCAGUGUUUUUCUUCUGUCUCUGACAGCACCUUUUAUUCUCUACACAAUCAAUCAUGUGUCCAUCUUACAAGAUCCACAGGUUAUAUUGGCCAUAGGCAUCACAGUUCUUACAACACUAUUCCUCCUGGCAAACCUCAGCGUCAAGAGUAGAAAAUCUACUGACCCUCUCUUCUAUGUGUUCGCAGUGUUUUCCUUCACUUCUGUUGUCGGCAUCACCAAUGCUCUGCAGCAGGAUGGAUUCAUCAGAGGCUUUAUGGACUUUUAUAUAAGCAAGGUGGAGCCGUACCUGAGCACAGCCCACUGCAUCAUGAUGAGCUACUGGGACGGAGUGGUUCACUACGGUCUGCUCCUCAUCAUGAUCCACCGUCUGACCGCAGGGAAGUCGUUUCGCGGUAUGGCUCUCGUAUGGGCCGGAUCGAUGAUCGCCAGUCAGAUCGUCUUCAUCCCAGGCAUUGUAGUUGGUAAAUAUGGAAAAAACAUCCUCCCUGCUUUCUGGAGAAACGCCGCUUUUUUGGUUUUACCCAUAUGGGCGGCGGCGAAGCUUUUCAACAGGCCGAGAGAGCUGCCAAUCAUUCCUGCUGACAAGGUGGAGGUCGAGCAGAAGAAAGCGCUGUUUUCUCGUCCCGCGGACCUGCUGCUCACACUCGGCCUCUUAGGGACCAUCAUCUUCACUGCGUUCAGAGGGUUUGUUAUUCUUGAAUGCUCUCUGGAUUCUUGUUUUUCCUACAUCUACCAGUAUGAGCCGUACAUGAAAGACAGCGUGGGCUUUCCAAAAGUCAUGAUGCUGGUGUCAAUGUUCUAUGUUUUACCGCUCUUGACCGCGUGUGUUUAUGGGCUUUACACUCCUGGAUGCACGUGGAUGUUGGACUGGACGCUGUUCCUCGCAGGAGCUGUCGCUCAGACUCAGUGGACUCACCUCGGAGCGUCCGUUCACUCUCGCACAUCUUUCACCUACCGGAUCCCCAGAGACGAGUGGCGGCUGGUCGUCACGCUGAACCUGCUGUACGCGGCCGUGCCCGUCCUGCUCGCCGUCCGCUGCUACCUGGAUCAGGCCUUCUUCAUGAAGAACGUUCCUCAGGAACAAGCCAGCAACGGCAAGAAGAAGAGUUAGAAACAUGAACAAUUCACACGCAAGAACAUGUGUCCUCCUUGCAGGAUAGUGAAGCUUGAAUUGGGCGAGUUUCAGAAGAGAGACCAGCUGAAACCUCCCUGAAUUAUCUGUAAAAGUAUCAGUAUAUCAGUGACUACAUCUGUGUCUUUUUAAAGCCUAUCAGUCUGAUUCCAGCCAACAAAAAUAACGUUAUUCAGAAUGUUCUCUGAACGUUCAAAACGUCCAGUUUUUAAAUGUUUUAAAAAUGUUUUAUACGAACAUUCCAUUUGAUCAUUCUUCAAACAUUCUGGAAAUGUUACUUUUGAAUGUUCUCGGAACAUUCCGAAACAAGUAGUAACAAUUAAAAAAAACUAAAAUGUUUCAGAUAAAGUUCCAUAAACAAUGUAUAAGUAAUGUUUCUGUUUUUAGAACACUGUUAAAGACCAGAUAACUCUGAACAUUCUAUUAAUGUUACUGUAAGAACGUUUGUUCAUUACUUUGAUCAGAACGUCAGACAAAGUUCUGUUAAAGCAGAUACAAGUAUUGGGCCUAUUUUUUCCAAUUCAGGCAUUAUAUUUUUUUUUCUUUGCUAGGUUAUAAAAAGUUGUCAGUCAUAACAUGAAAAUAAUCACAGCUGUGUCUUUAUUGUCAGUAUCAGCAUGAUUAGAAUGAUAUUAGACAGAUGCAUGAUUUUAUUUAUUUUAUUAUAAGCACGGCACUGUACGUGAACAAACGGUAUGGAUUUAAAUGAUUAUUUCUGGCCAUGACAAAAUAAUUGACCAAAACGUUGAUAUGCAUCCCUAGAAAGAAUGUAAAGUCAUCUGUUGUUCUUUUUUACAUGGUGUUUUGCAGCUUCUUAAUGCCUCAUUUGUGUGAAACAGUUCAAACUACUGAUCUCUGCCAGGUUUAUCUCGGGUCAGUUUGUGAAAUCUCAAUAAAUCUGGACUCUGGACUGCUUUA